AUAUUUUCAAUUUCAUUGGUUUUGGAUGUUUGGUGCCGGAAUGACACGUUUCUGUCCUGUUUUCCAUGUGCAGGCGUGUCGUCCACAGAAACAGCCACAGGCACACUCUCACUCUGCACACCCACAAAACGUCCCAGAGAAUCAGCCUCGGGCUCAGAGAGCGAGGAGACGCCAGAGAAGCGGCCUCGGACAGACGAGAAAGACGGGAGCAGCGAGAGCCGCGGGACGCCCAAGCAGAAGAACCGUCGACGCUGCUAUCGCUGCCAAACCAAACUAGAGCUGGUGCAGCAGGAACUGGGCUCCUGCCGCUGCGGCUAUGUCUUCUGCAUGCUCCACCGUCUCCCCGAGCAACACGACUGUCUGUUCGACCACCUGGGCCGCGGACGCGAGGAGGCCGUCCUCAAGAGGGUGAAGCUGGACCGCAAGGUGGGCCGCUCGUGCCAACGCAUCGGGGAGGAGUGCUCCUGAUCGGUCACACCACGCCGUGACUAGCCACCCAGUUUAGAGAUGAGGCGCUUACAUGAGGAGG